AAGACUGCUAUUUUACCCUUCAGAUGAAAAAAAAAAGGGCCCCAUUAUUUCAGAAAAAUUUUUGCCGUUUUUUAAUUCUUUCUUUUAUCCUUGCGGUGAUCCACCAGGUGAAAGUAGUGGGCAGGGAAUGUUCAGGUAUAUGUCUGCAGUUUGCCUACCACGAUCCAGUUGUUGCAGUAUAUACUCCAGCCAAUUGCGGCAGAGAUAUGCAGGUGUGACCAUACGCAAGUCCUUUUAUUCUUCUUCUGUUGGUUCUCAAGCAUCUGAGGAUUGUUCUGUAAGUUUUGUUUCUAGCAAGUACAAAGGAAAUUUUAAGCUGCUAACUAUGGCCACAAUUGUGAGUUUGAUGGGGCGCCAGUUGCGUCUCGGAUUGGCUGCAAAGCGCCGAAGCAUGAGCUUGAGGCUCUCUCUCCCAGCACGUGAAAAAUUUUCUAGAAUCAGUUGGAAUGCAAAAUAUUUUUCGUGGAAAGCAGGAGGCACUUCUGUUGGACUCUGUUUAAGCUUUUCAACUUCUGGUCCAGUGCAUGCUGAAGCUUCUGUGGGGAAAAAUGAUGAGAAUAGUGGGUACAGUUCAUCAUCUGGCACUUCUCAUGGAAAGAAAGUUUACGCUGAUUAUUCCGUAACGGGAAUACCAGGAGAUGGAAGGUGCUUGUUCCGUUCUGUGGUUCAUGGGGCUUGCAUUUGCUCAGGCAAACCUUUGCCUGAUGAAGACCUUCAGAGAGAACUGGCAGAUGAGUUGAGGGCUAGGGUUGCAGAUGAAUUUGUUGAGAGACGGGCAGAGACAGAAUGGUUUGUUGAGGGUGAUUUUGAUACUUAUGUCUCCCAGAUUAGAAAGCCACAUGUAUGGGGAGGUGAGCCGGAGCUAUUCAUGGCCUCGCAUGUUCUCCAAAUGCCAAUCACGGUUUAUAUGCUUGACGAGGAUGCGGGUGGUCUGAUAACAAUUGCUGAGUACGGCCAAGAAUAUGGAAAGGAGGAUCCAAUUCGAGUUCUUUAUCAUGGUUUCGGCCACUAUGAUGCCUUGCAGAUUCCUGGAAAGAAGGGUCCAAAAUCAAGGUUAUAGCAUAUGAAAAAAAGGGGUUGGAGGAGGAUGGAGGGUGGCGCCCGGUGGCGGGGGGAUGGUGGGGGGCUUUGAGGGUGGAGGGGAAGGGUGGGCGGGCCGCGGGGUGGGGCGGGGCGUGCUUGAUUGGUGGGUUAAUCCAUACUGGCUUUGGAGAUACAUUUUAUAUUCCAUAAAUGUUUGAACACUCAAAGUUCCACCACAAUAGCAUCAAUGGAAUAUGAUUUACAAGCAAAGUGGAUUCUGGGAUAAACUACAUGCUGUACGACGACUACUGAGGCUGUUGAAACCACCUCCCCAUCCCCCACCCCGCAAACAUUAGCUAAUUUGUGUAUCUACAUCAUUUAGUGCUGGCUAUAUGAUAAUGUUCAAUUCCGUGAUUAUAUCUAGUAACUAUUGGUGUAUGAAUGCAUUAACGUGUAUUUUGGUGUCUAACUACUGAAUCAUCUUCUGUGUUGUGUAACCGUGUCUAAGGAAUGUUCUCAGUCGCCCCAUGCAAACAACA